CUGAACCCGCCAGCUGGCCUCGCUUACGACAGGUGACACACACACCUCGUGACUCGCAUUUCUGCAGCUACAAUUGCUACAAUCAGCUGCGAGCGUUAUCAGCGUGGCCGAAUUUCGAGACGGCAACUUUCGCUGGCAAGUGUAUCAAAUGACAGGCGCGUGACUGGGCGUAUUGUAAAGUGCUCCUUAAAAUUGUGGAAGUCAUGAUCGCGAAGAUUUUAUUCGUUACUCUGCUCGCGUCAACUUGCGCAGCGUAUCAACGAAAGCUCACAGCUCAUCUCAACCCAUUCUGUGAUGACAAGGAGGUUUGUGGCCUCUGCUACGUCACGGCCGAAGGUUCAAAUGACACCCUGCAUUAUUUUUGGUCUGCACUGGGCGCACCAGCUGCGCUUGCCAUCCAAACCCCACCUAGACACCAGACUCAUCUUUUGGAGUACAAUGACCCGGAGAACAAGGCCCAUCUAAACACCACUCUGAAGAAUGGCACCCACUACAUUGAUCAGAGCCAGCUCCUGUGGAAGGAAAUUCAGGGCUGCACUGGAAAUGGAAAGCUUGUUACUGCCACAUUUGUUGCUUAUGGAACCAGCUCUGCUAAGGAUGAGGGGUUUUUCUCAGGCAAUGGUACCAUUCAAUUCACGCUUGAAGUCCAAGACAGCGAUGGCCAUGAUAUCCAGUUUCCGCAUCUCCUCUACACGAGCAACAGCAGCCAAAUUCAGCUCUCUUUGCUCAACCUUUCACCUCAGCUAGGCAAGACGUCACAGUUUGGAUUCGAGCUGACCAUUCUCGAUGACUCAUCUCGUAACAACACCUACGGUAUCAGCAGUGCCCGAACCUUCGAUGAUGAGUACACACCAGGUGUCUUUACAAAUGUGGCCCUGUUGACGAGCACGAAAAUUCUUCAUCCACCUUUUUAUCUCCAUUGGAAGCCAGUCUGCUAUCGGGACCCAGGAAGAACAGUGACACUAUCAGUUGAUGCUGCAUAUCAAAACCUCACCUAUGCUGCAAGCUGGUGGAACUUCAAUGUGGCGACAGCAUGGCUCGCACACAGAGCACCUAACGUAGCCUCUUCAGCCAUCACUGUGGCCUUCGGCUCAGAAGGUGAUGGCUGGUACCAGGAAAACAACUACGCUACAUGGGCCAUGUCAAGUGGGUUUGGAGAGCGGCCGCUUGAGCACGUUUCUGCGACAGUGCUGUCAGUGACCUCUGUUGGCCUUGGAAUUCCUGCCAUCAUUGCACUUGGCACUGUGAUUUACGUGUCUGUUCAUAAACCGGAGCCAAAACUGUGAUCCAAGGCGCCUCUAGCAAAAUGGAUGACCUACCUCUACGACUCUCUCCCUCAAGAGGGACUUUUUGCAUGCAAUGCAGUGUUGGUGAAACGUGUGCGGACUUGGACUUCUCUCCACCAACGGUCACAGCUAGUCCAUGAUGCCCAUGCAGUUGGGUACCACUACAACAUUAUCUUUUUUUUUAAUUAAGCCUGCACUAAUGUGCAGCACAUCAUGUUUGUUAUUCUCAACAUGUUCACUUGUUUUGUUUUAUUAUCUGAUGUUUCACAGGAAAGCUGUGCAACAAAUGACCCAGCUUUGUUCCUAAAGUUGUAGUCCUCUUCCACUUCCUUAAAAAUACACGUUAGUUAGGAGUAAUGAUUUGCUUGUUUUUCUGCUUCGAAAGAAGAAAAAGUGAGAGCAAUAAAGCACAACCACAGAGUUACCAAAAAUGGUAUUUAUUACUGCAAACACUUUGUAAAAAAAAAAAGGAUGGAACUUGCACAGUACUGAAAGGCACUUGCAACUUCUACAAAUGUUCCAGAGAUCUGGCUUUGCAUGGCAGCAUAUACAGCUCAUUUCAUUAUGACACACACAAACAGACAUUGGCACCUAAACAGUAACAGUGUGGAAUUGAUUCCACUAGCUGGCACUCGUGGAGUGUCCUUGGCACAUGUUGGGAAAAUAUCACUGUCUUUGGGACGCGGCAACAAAACUUGUAGUGUCUUGCACCCAGCAAGAGUCUCCAUAGUCGUCGUCGUCAGGCUGGUCUAUGACUACAAUAAAA